AAGAGAGUGGUUAAAUAGCGCGUGGGAAGGGAAAAGGGCCCUACGAAUACAUUUCUCACCAAACCAAACAAAACUUGCAUUACAUUACAUUACAUUACGCACCACACUUCUCUCUCUUUCCUUUCUCUUUCGUGUGUUUUGCUUGAAGCAGUCAACGAUGGAGUCCAAAUCCCCUCGAAGGUACCAAGAGCACCGUGGCGGCGUCAACCUCCUCCCUUCGCCGCGACACAGCCACAGCUCCAACAGCAGCACAAGCAGCAGCAGCAGCAAUGGCCUCCACCACACGCAAUUCACGCCUCUCACGCCAAGCGCGCCCUCCCCCACCUCCUACCCGCCCAAGCCCCUCACCAGAUCCGAAUCCGCCAAUCCGUACCCGACAACGUUCGUCCAGGCCGACAGCUCCUCCUUCAAGCAGGUGGUCCAAAUGCUGACAGGAUCCUCGGAAACCGCGAAACAAGCCUCCUCCUCCUCCGCCACCAAAGCAAACUCCGAAGCAGCGAGGCCCCACUCCCACAUCCCCCCAAUGAAGAAGCAAUCCGGGUUCAAACUGUACGAGCGCAGGAACACGCUGAAGAACCUCAACAUCAACCCUCUCCUACCUGUCUUCUCCAACACCGUCUCAGGAUUCUCUCCUCGCAACACCGAAGUCCUCUCACCCAGCAUCCUCGACUUCCCCGCACUCGUUCUCAGCCCCGUCACGCCUCUCAUACCCGACCCAUUUCACCGAUCCCGCUCCAUCGACACCCAGGCCGAAGACAAGGCCAUCCAAGAGAAAGGCUUCUUCUUGCAUCCCUCCCCUGCUUCCACCCCAAGAGACGCUGACCCUCCUCGCCUUCUGCCUCUCUUCCCCACCGCCUCCCCAGGUUCUUCUUCCUCUUAAAUUUUCAUCAUCAUUUAUUAGUACUAUUACUAUUACUAUUACUAUUUACUAUUCCCUUCCCUUUCCCUUGUCCUUUACAUUUUCUGUAAGAUUCUUAUAUAUAUUUUUGUGGCAUUCAUGAGGACCAAAGAGAGACAAAAAAAAAAGAAGAUAAACUUGUAAUGGCUUAUGCAGAGAAUGGAACCAGAAUCUUGCUUCAAUUGUAUCUAAACUUUUCUUCUUCUUUUGUUUAUUUAUUUUGUUUGUUAGUUACUUUCGCUUUUUAUCCUUUCUUCAAUGUUGAUUACGAGGGGAGCGCAACUGCGGGAGAGGCGAAAUUUAAUUUCACCCCUUUUUUUGUGGGUUGCUCUAAAUGCUAAUUAUGAGCUCGUGGAGAGAAAAGCGAGUUUGAUUCGAAAAUGCGAAGCUUAAUUAUCAAUAAAUUGGUCAAUUAUUAGGAGCCAUGCCGAUCGGGGUAUUGGGAGGUAUGGCAAUUUAAUGAGAGAAAAGGUUCACUACUCGUACUAGUAGUAGCACACUAUCUAACCAUAAAUUUGGCUUUGCCUCGGUCUUUUUCUUCAAAAAAAGAAAUGUAAUUUUUAAUGUGGUUCCUGCAAGGUCGCUGCGUAUAUCAGAGGAUUUAAUUUACUUGGUUUCCCUCACUGUCAAAUCCUUCAAUUAAUGCCGAAUUUAAAUUAUGUGAUCCAAUUGAAUUGCUUCCGUUCGAGGGCAAUACUAAUAAUGAUGAUUUCAAGGAACGUUAUACCUAAGUGCAGUCGUUGCAGAGCGGUGGUGGGGAUAAGAAUUAUGAAACUGCUGUGUGUGUGUGUGUGUGUGUGAGAGAGAGAGAGAGAGAGAGAGAGAGAGAGAUUUACAUGGAUGGGAAGCAAAGGCAGUGUUGGGCUAGCUGUCAAAGAAAGAGUAGAAGAAGGGGUAAGGAAUCUUGACCCUUUUUGUUGUCUUUCCGAGUGAGGGGAAGGUGCCAAGAAAAGAUGCAGGCAUUGUAUGUGUUUUUCUUACGUAGAAUAGAACGCAUCCACCGGUUUUAUUAUGUUAUGUAUGUAUGUAUGUACUUGAUGCCUCUCUUCCCAAAGCACCGCAGCCUAACACCAGGAAGGACAAGGUAGAUAGAUAGAUAGAUCCAUUCACAUGUGUUUCUUUCCCAAACUCUAAACUCGUCCAGGUGGUGUUUCUCUUAGGACAGGACAACAUUUGACAGAAUAUUUGGUGUUGUUGUUUAAUGAAAUUAUAAAAGGGUUAGUGUUUGUUUUUACUGUGAUGAGAAAAA